GAACGCAUCGAUAACAAGCUAAACCCUUCGCGGCCGAGACCGAUCGUUUGAGAUGGUGCAGCUACUUCAGCGACGCGUGGUCGACGCCACCUCCCAGUCGCUCGUGGAGAUCAAAGUAGAUCUGAAGCAGCCGCCACCCCGCCAGACGCCACCACCACCAACGUCCACGCCGCUGGCAGUUCAAGUGCUUCGUUUUCGGCCAGAGGAGAAAGAAACAGCCACAUCUCUCAAGAGAAAUCGCUUCGUGUACGAGAUCGAGACAUGCCAUCAGGAAACUGGCGACGUAUUCUGCACCGAGCGCCGCUUCCGUGAGUUCAAGCGUUUGCGUGAGGCCCUGCUGCUCGAGUGCCGUGACUGCCCUGACUGCCACCCAUUCGUUGAGAGGCUCAAGCAGUCGCGCCUGCCUCCACGGCAGAUGGUCGUGUUGGAUGUGAGCAAAUACGGAACUUCGCGCAUGCUGGAGCUUACGCACUUCCUACGAGACCUCGUGCAUUUCGUUAAUGAGAAUGCACACAAGUGCCCGCGCGAUGGCCCUGAUAUCGACAAGUCCGUGGGGUUGUUCCUCGGACUGGACUCGCUCACAGAAGUUCUGAACGGCAUUGCAAACCCCAAUACGGCAAUGCAAAAGGUGCCAAUUAAAACGCGCCAGGACCGGAUCGACUUCCGUGCAGCCUCCAUGCCCGACAUGCGAUUCUCGUCCUUAUCCAUGCAUCUAUCCGACGAUUCGCUCCGGCGUAUUCGUGCGCGUGGCUACUCGGAUGUUGUAGACCACCAAGCACCAAUAAAUUAG